AUGAACAAAUACUUUAUGGAAAAGGCCGACUUUGGCUAUUACAAAGACGAGGCGGCAACAACCGUUAUUCCCCAAUCGGAGCUGAUCGCCGGCGAUUUCGAGAAGCACAAGGUCGUAUGGUUAUCGACCGACUCGCACUACCACCAUUGCAUGUAUAUCGUUAACGGCUCGAGUCGCGCCCAUUCGCGCAUGGGCUUUGUCUUCCUGGACAGUUACCUAGACCAGUGGCACCUACAGCAUUGCAUCAGCGUCAUCAUGGAGCCCCGCCCGCCCUUGCCCUUUCAGCGCAUGGCCACACCUAUGAUGGCAGCCUUCCUCGCCGAACAUCGCUGUUACCUUCGCGACCUAUCGCCCACGCCCCCUGAUAACCCUGGUGCAAUUACGACUGCAUUAACACAUCCGCAAAUAGAGUCCCAGAUGUACAAUUAA